AUGCUCCUCAAGAACAUUGCCGCCCUCUUUUUCACCGCUGCGGCCGUCUCGCAGCCGGUUCUUUCCACCAUCAUCGUCACCCAGCCUGUUGCUUCGACCAACGGAAAGGGCGGGCAAAAGCUGUCGAUCGAGUGGAACGACGACGGUAAGUCGCCCAAGCUCAGCAGCGACUGGGGCAGGAUCAACAUCUUCCUUGCCACUGGCAGCCAGAAUGUACAGUUCAAGCUGGAACAGCUCGCGACGAACCUCGCGCCGGGCCUGACGUCGUUCCGCCCGACAAUCUCGAAGAAUGCCGGUCCGAACGCGAUCAAGGAGUACUUCCUCCGCUUCGAGGGGACCAAGCUGCAGGCAAACGGCAUCCCGCCGAUGGCCUUCUCGGCCCGCUUCACGCUCACCGGCAUGUCCGGCUCCUUCAAUUCGACCAUCAUGAGCGCCAAUAACGGUGCCACAGACCCCGUCACGGCCCUCGUGCCCACAUUGACAAGCAGCAGUCUGAGCACGGCUCGCUCGACGCCCACCACAUCCGCCAGCACCGGGCCCAGCUCCAACAGGUCCAACUCCACCUCGGCUGCCGCCCUCGCCGCUCCCGGCGUCGAUGCGCUCGCACUCGGCCUCAGCGGCGCCAUCGCCAUCGCCGGCGCUGCGCUCUUCUAA